GUUUAGUUUCUGCUUCGGAUGUGACAACAUCAAAGAGGAAAACAAAAAUUAGCUUUAUUUUCAAUUCUAAUUACAUUUGUAUGUUAGCGUUUUAUUUAUUAAUUGUUCUCAACGUUUGUUUACUAAUUGUUUAUCUAAUUUCUUAUCAAUUUACUAGUUAAUCAAGUGAACAUAUCCAAUGGAAGGGACCAGUAAAAGUGGUGUAAGUCAAAAGGGAGAAGAUGAAUUUUGGGAAGUGGAAAAGAUUCUCGAUAAAAGGAUCAAUCAUGGUGUUGUUGAAUAUCAACUUCGUUGGUCUGGUUGGGGACCAGAAUGGGAUUCAUGGGAAACCAUGGAAAAUGUUGAUUGUCCAGAAUUAGUUUACUGGUUUGAAGAUAAAUUAAAACGUAAAAUGGCCGCCAAGGAGAGAUCCAGACAUGAACCUAAAGUUAGGCCUCUAUUUGCUCCCAAAGAACCCACUGGAUUUGAUAAAGGCCUUACGGCUGAAGCCAUUACCGGUGUAACUAAGCUCGAUAAUGAGAUUAUCUAUUUUGUUAAAUGGAAGAACGAGGAUAAACAAGGAAUUAUCCCUGGACAUGUUGCUAAGAAAAAGUGUCCACGUUUGGUCAUUGAAUAUAUGGAGAACAAUAUCCGAAGAAAUGAUCAACACAGCAAUUAAAGAGAAUAACAAUCAAAUUAAUCACCAUUAAGGCCUUUCCAGUGGAUGGGGAAUGAAUAUCAAACAAUUUCUAGUGUUUUUGAGUUUCGCUUACAACAAUCAACACAUUUGAUUAAUUCAUUUACGAAUUUUGAAAGAUUUUAUCUCGAAACCUUUUCCCGUACUUUUUUUUCUCUACCACAGGCAAUUAAUCAACUCAUCAACAAUCAGUAAUCAAUCUUCGUUUUCUUUUUCUCAUUUUCAUCUAAUUCAUUUUGAAUACGAAAUUAAUUUCAAUUGAUUAACAUGUAAUCGUUUCCGUUUCAACAUUUCCGUCCAACUUUCACCAUUGCUAAACCUUCAUCAUUACCAUUGAUUGUUUUUCUCCGUUGAAGCUGACGAUUUUCUCUUGAUUUUAUUCAAGAAUUACACCAAUUAAACUUACUAAUUGUUUUUAACUAA